AUUAAUACAGCUGAGAGUUGAGCUGUCGUCAUUGGUGGAAGAGGAAGAAAUAUUUGCAAAUUGAGCGUCUGCAAAAGUGUAAUUUGUUUUUAGUAAAAGAUGAGUUUCAUGCAACCGAGUCCCGUUAAGUAUGCAUGCUCCUGCGGCAUUUUGAAUCCGAUCAAUAAGCUGUUCUUUUGCCGCCACUGCCCGAAGCUGAGGUGUGGCUUCUGCGUCUGCCAUGAGAUUGAGUCACACUUCUGCUCCAAUUGCCUGGAGAAUAUACCAUCCUCGGAGGCGCGCCACAAGAAGAACUGUUGUGCUAACUGCUUCGACUGUCCAUGCUGUCAGCACACACUGUCUGCACGGGCCACCACCGUUCCGGUUGUGCGCAAAGCAGAUGAGUCCAAGGACGGCGGUGAAAGCGGCUCGGAUGCUGCACCCAGUCCAAAGCCCUCAGCGAUGCCAACAACAAAGAAGAUGUACUAUUUAUCAUGUCUGUCGUGCCGCUGGACCACACGGGACGUCGGCAUACCGGAUCAGGGCGUGGCCACAGGCACCUGGCCGGACAACGAAUGCCUGUAUCAGGUGCGCUUCAACACACUCAUGGAAUACUAUCAGUCGGUGGUGCUGCAAGAGAAGCAGGAGAAACAGGAGUUCAUGCGUCGGAAGGCGCCCAAGCAGCACAAGUUUCCCAGUCUAACCGAUCGCACGGGUCUGACCGUAUCGCUGAUCCGACGUCAGAUCGGCUGGAACGACAAGAGCAUACCCAAAACGAAGCCGAUCAACAUCACGCCCGCCGAGGCGAGUGCUGAGGUUGAGCCCCUGUCCGAGGACAUCUUCACGCAGCCAAUAAAUCUGCGCAACGUAACGACAGUAGCGCAACGGCACAGCCAGCCGGCUGAUCAGCCCACGGCUGUGAACAACCUCUAUCCGCAGCGACGUUCGCUGUGGAUCAAGCGUUCGCUGCGUUGCCGGCACUGCGAGCACAAUCUGAUUAAGCCGGAGUAUCAUCCAACGUCCAUCAAGUAUCGCAUACAGCUCUUUGCCAGCUAUCACGUGCCCGAGGUGGUCAUGGUGCGCUGCGAGCAGCCACUGCAGCCCGGUCAGACCAAUGCAAUAUUCCUGAAGUUCACCAAUCCUACUAUGUAUGACAUGACAAUUAGUAUAUUGGAUGCGCCACCAGCGGAUGCGCAAGUCAAUAUGGAUGCCUUCAUGCAGGGCUGCAGAAUCAAGGAGGAGGCCAUUACAUCAUCUCCCUUGCUAAAGGCCACGGGUGUCACCUUGACCCGUCAGAAUUCGACAAGGGAAGUGACGCGUGAAGUACGUGAUUUGGCCAAUGCGACCAUUGUGCCACUGGACAAUGAAUUUGUGUUGAGUCAACGCGACGAUUCCAAGGAGUUCGAUGAGGAUGUGCAGGCGCCCAUCGAGGAGCCCAAAUUCAUUGUUUGGCGCAAGGGCAACAAGGUCCUGAUGCGACUUCAGUUCACCCCAGCAGCUGAACUGCAGACGGGCGAUGAGGUGACACUGGGUUUCUACAUGCAGUAUACGUAUGUCAACACCGUUUCCAACACGCCCGACAAGAAGGAGCCGACUACACAUGCCCUUUACUCGCGUCUCUUUAUCCAGGCAGGCGAAAUUGCGCAGGGCACAGCCAACUAAAUCGGAGUAUAUCAAUCUUAACACGCUUUAACAAUGCAUUAUAUAUGGAAAUUUAUUUAUGUUACUAAUUUAAUCAAGUGCUUGCUAGGCGGAUUAGUAUUACACUUAAAUAGUAUGCUGAACUGCGAUAAUCCCGGCAAGUGUUGCAACUAUCCAAUGUGAAAUAAAAGCCAAUGCUUUAACUCAAAUAA